AUGUUAAAUUUGCUGAAAAAGUGCAAAGGGCGAAUUGUAAAUGUUGGCUCCGUACUACCUAAAUGUAGGUUUACUGAAGUGGACUGUGAGAAUCUUAAAGCAGAGAAGUCUUUCGAUUUUUCAAGAUUUUACGAAUCCAAAGUAGCACUGAUGAUAUUUACCAAAGAGCUUGCAAAACGAACUAAAAAUUCAGGUAUUGUUGUUUCCUAUGUAAACACUGGAUUGGUAGAUAUCGACCUUUACCGAGACAUUUCAUGGCUAUUUCUUCUUUGUCAGUCUCUCCGUAAGGGACAAGGACUAAAGUCGGCGACAGAGGGUGCUCUGUCUGUGCUGUUCUGUGCCCUGGACGACUCUGUACAGACGGGUGAGUGUUACAGUAACGGUCAGCCCAUGGACCAUACGUCGUUACCUGUCUCUGUGUACGACAAAGGACUAGCCAAAAAGCUGUGGGAGGCCAGUGAGAAACUCACAGAAACAUUCAAUAAGACAAAUACCACAAACGCCCUCAAUCGUCGUAAAAUAGUAACAAACGACUUUUAUACUGAGCUGAAAAUAAAACUUGAACAACAUGGGCGCGCCGAGUAGCACAUGAUAUCAUAUGCUACAUGCAACGAUUAUAAAUGAUUGUUAUUUUUAUUAAAAGCGCUCCUAUUA